CGACCAGUCUGCAGUCUACUAAUGGCUGUUUUCAUGUUGGAUUUCUCGUCUCGUGACCUGUGAAAGAAUACGCUCUGUGGAUGUACAUAUCUCAUUUAUUACCCAGCAGGAAGGAGGUUGAUUGACAAUAUAUUCUUAAGUGUCCUCAUCAAUUUCCCAUCAAUAAGAUUUGUUUCUGAAGUAUGACUUGGUAGAGAUGGUUUGUUCUGGUCUGGUGUGUGCGACUGGCUAGUUGGUGUUAUGAUGACUUUCCACACGGCCAGCUCUCACCUCAAACGAUAUGCAUGGCCAGCCACUGGAGGCCUUCCUUAACGCUGGCUGCACCAGUCCAGCCAAGGGAAAAGUACCAACUGACAGCGACAUGCCACCAGAAACGAACUUCCAGCACACAGCCCUAAUGGAACGAAUGAACACCCCGUCCAAUUCGUUCCAGUUCGACCUCGAUGACGUGGCCCUCGAGGAGCAGGCCGGCUAUCACAUGGAGGCCAAGAGGGCCAAGAAGGGAGUCGGCAUCGCUGGCAAGAGCAUCGAGGAGGAGCUCUGUCGGAUAUGUGGCGACCGCGCCUCCGGCUACCACUACAAUGCGCUCAGCUGUGAGGGCUGUAAAGGUUUCUUCCGACGCAGUGUGACGCGAGGAGCCAGUUAUAACUGUAAAUAUGGGGGGAACUGUGAGAUGGAUAUGUGGAUGAGACGCAAGUGUCAGGCAUGUCGUCUCCGCAGGUGUCGGGAAGUCGGCAUGAAAGAAGAAUGCCUGCUAUCUGACGAGCAGUGUAAGGCACGCGAUGCCCGCCGUAAAGCCAAGGCUCGGACUCCAUCGUCAAGCUCCGGCCCCAAGUCAAACGGCCCUCCCAGCAUCAGCUCGAAGAAGAUGGAGCCCAGUCCGGACGGCAACAGUCUGUCGUCGGACCCGGACAUGCAGCUGCUGUGUGACGCCAAGUACGACCGGCGGUCCAUGUCGCCCACGUCGAUCAUCUACGACAACCCUCUCGACAAGCUGUCCGAGUCGCAGCGCAGUCUCAUCGAGAAGAUCAUCAGUCUCCAAGAGAAGUUCGAGUACCCCGACGACAAGGAUGUGGAGCGCGUCACGUUGAUCAACCCGGAGGACAAGGAGGCGUCUCCGCGCAGUCUGCUGUCCGACAUGGUCCAGAUGACCGUCCUCAUCACGCACCUCAUCGUCGAGUUCGCCAAGUGUCUCCCCGGCUUCCUCUCACUCAAUAAGGAGGACCAAAUCAUUCUACUUAAGGCGUCGUCAACAGAGGUGAUGGCAAUCCGUGCUGCUCGUUGUUACGACAUGGAGAGUCGCGCCAUCGUGUUCGCGAGCGGUCUGCCCUGCACCCUGGAGAACAUGCAGGCGACGGGUAUGGGGAAGUACGCGGAGCUGGUGUACGAGUUCUGUCACAACAUGGCGCGAAUGAAGACCGACAACACGGAGUACGCCCUCAUGAUCGCCAUCUCCAUCUUCUCAGAGCGACCUGGUCUAAUAGAACAGAAGAAAGUAGAAAACAUUCAGGCCACGUACGUAGACUGUCUUCACAAAUACGAAAACGCCAAACGGCUGCGUGGGGGGAGUGCACUGGCCAAGUUCCUAACUCGACUGUCGGACUUGCGGUCGAUCAGUGCCGAGCACUCGAGUUUGUUGGUUGACCUCGAGAAGUAUGGAGAGAAGCUGCCGUCACUAAUGACCGAGAUGUACAUUAUGCCUCCAGAAGGCACAUAAUGUUAUUCCCGCAUGUUAUGAUAUUGUUCACUUGUUUGUUGGUGUUCAGUAUGACAUGUAAUGUGAUAGUGUGAUAUACUCUUCAACCAUACUGGCGCACAAAGGAUGAUGAAAACUUUUUUUUUUCAUUUGUUUUUUUUCUUCUUUUUUUCAUGACUGCAUCGACAGUUCAGGUUCAGCCAGGACAACUGAAAGAAUCUUUCAUUUUGUUCAGGUUUUUUUUUUUAUGGUUUUUUUUUUAAAACAAUGUAAUGCAUUUCAAAUACAGGAAAUCUUGGUCUAUUUCCUCAGUGAAGACAAGGUAACAAUACACUUGUGACUAUGAUUUGAAUCCGUUUGUUUACAUUGCCGACGGGAGAUUUCUGUCCAAAUUUGACAACAGUACUGCUCAGGUGGAGAAUACUUCACAGACCAAAGUUUCAGGUGGAAUCUUCAACAAAACAACAACAAAAAAAGUAAUAACAAAUGUGCCUUCUGUGUUAAAUUGUGGUGAAGCAUUCUCUUUAACUGCGAGUAAAGUAUUUGAAACAAGGAGCCAGUUAGUCAGCUUGGACGGAGUUUGUCAACUGGAUGAAGUUACUCAAUAUUUGAUCCCAGUGGACAACAUUGUACUACUAUCUUCGUAGUUCGAACCCAGUGAGAAAACAAGAAGAAGAAGAAGAAGAAAACUACUGGCUGUUGAAAUCCCAGUAGAAUUCGCUGCACUAUGGAACUGGCUGUAGGAAUCCCAGUGAGAUAAAACAACAGUACUGCACCAUUCCCCCAGAUCUAAACUGUUUGCCGAUCGGGAAAAACUCUAUUUGGUGUUAGUUUUUUUACUGAGCCGGUCUUCAGGUGUUUCAAAUUGUACGGACUGAGGUACCGAAUAUUGACUUGUACGGAUAAGAUACCUAAUAUUGACUUGUAUAAACUGAGGUACCUAAUAUUGACUUGUACAGAUAAGGUAUCUAAUAUUGACUUAUACAGACUGAGGUACCUAAUAUUGAUUUGUAUGGACUGAGGUACCUAAUAUUGAUUUGUAUGGACUGAGGUACCUAAUAUUGAUUUUUAUGGACUGAGGUACCUAAUAUUGACUUAUAUGGAUUGAGGUACCUAAUAUUGAUUUGUAUGGACCUGAGGUAUCUAAUAUUGAUUUGUAUAGACUGAGGUAUCUAAUAUUGAUUUGUAUGGACUGAGGUACCUAAUAUUGACUUGUAAGGACUGAGGUACCUAAUAUUGACUUGUCCACACUGAGGUACCUAAUAUUGAUUUGUACAGACUGAGGUACCUAAUAUUGAUUUUUAUUGAGUGAAGUACCUAAUAUGAGGUACCUAAUAUAGACUUGUAUGGACUGAGGUACCUAAUAUUGACUUGUAUGGAGUGAAGUACCUAAUAUUGACUUGUAUAGACUGAGGUACCUAAUAUUGACUUGUAUGGAAUGAAGCACCUAAUACGAGGUACCUAAUAUUGAUUUGUACAGACUGAGGUACCUAUUAUUAAUUUGUAUGGAAUGAAGUUCAUGAUAUUGACUUGUUAUGAUACAACUGGUUUUGAGAAAGGCAGCUGUUAAUACUGUAACUAGUGAGUCUUCUGUGAUGAAAUAUCUAGUAUAGUGUAUAUAUUACUAUAUUGUUGGAGAGUGAUGCUAUAUCUAGAAUAUUGUACAUAUUAUACUGUAUUGUUGCAGAGUGCUUGAUAUAACAACUUUCAAACAGAAACAACUAUUAAGAAGAAAAAAAAAAAAUCCUUUUUUUUUGUUGUUAUAUAUAUGUUUAAGCCUGUUUAAAGGUUUUUAGUUAUAAAAAAGUUUACAUUUUUAUUCUUAAAUAUGUAAAUAAAUUUAAUCCAGUUACUAUGACAAAAUCACAUUUUUGUUGUUAAAAAGUUUAGUUCUUUAAAAAUCUACAAUUUUGUUUUAAAUACGUGAAAAAAUUUAAGCCAUUUUAAAGGGUUUUAAUACUAUUUUAUACAAACUCUUCGUAUUCUGUGAGCAAAUUUUCCAAAACUGUAACUUAAAAAAAAAAAAUUUAAAUAUCGCCAUAGCAACUUGUCUACCUCGCAAAAUAGAUGCCUUUUAAUUGUGUAUCUGAAGCUAUGGUUUGAAGUUUGUGAUUGAUAUUGUUUUGCUCCUCAGUUUAUUUUUACCAGUAUCACUAGGCUUUUAAACGAAGGCUCAAGUAUAUGUAUGUGUCUAAAAUUCCCAACUUCCCAUAAAUGGAAAGUAAAAUAUUUAAUAUUGAAAAUAAUUUUCCUAAUCUGGAUAUUGAUUUUUGGUUGUCAGUACAUUGCUUGUUCUGGGGUGUUGUUAAACAUUUAUUCAUUCCAAUGUUCAAUCAAUCAAUCAAUCAGUUAUUUGACCCGUGUUUAGAUCCACUGAAGGUUCAAGCAGGUCUGUCUUGGGCACAUUCUCCGAAUUUACCGGCAAAUUUUCCAAGACAGGUUUCCAAUAUUGCAGACCCAAGGUUGUGGUAACUAGAUUUGUUUAGUUUUUUUGUUUGUUUUUUACUCCUUUUGAACUUGAAGACCUGACUUCUUUUUUUUUUUUCUUUUUUUUUGACUUACUAACACCUUGAAAUAUGUGACCAUGUCUGUGAAAAAGAGUACAGAUGAGGCGUUAAGUCAUUCACAGUAAACGUUGUUUAAAAUGGCGUCAUUUGGAAUGUCAAUGUGGCAUCUGUGAGGCACAAGCUUGUUGGAAAUGAUAUCAGCAUGUAAGCAUUUUAUUUAUUACCUACCUGGUGAAUGUCUAGGUGUGUCAUACAAAUUUCAUGUACACCACCAGGUGGAUUUGAGUUGUUCAAUGACAUCAUCAGACCUGUUAACCUUUGUCAAAAAGCAGGAGAUUUUUUUGAAAGAACACGAUUUAACACAAAAUUACAAGUUUUAAAAAAUUAUUUAAUAAAUUAUAUCAACUCUACAUAAUGUCAUGUAUACGUGUCAACCUUAGAUCUUGGCAUUAAAAAAAUAAUAAUUAAAAAUUAAUUAUAUUUUAUUAUUAAAAACAAGUUUAAAGUUUAAAUAUUAUUAUGAUGAUCAUUUCGGUAAACGAUGUCAUCUUCCUAUGUCCUAGCUCAGUGCGUUCGCAUGUCUCAUUAUGUUUUAGUAACUGUCAGAUUUUUACAUUAUUUAAAGGUUGAUAAUAAAUAAAAUACCACAUUAAUUUUCACUAGAUUUAAUUUUUACUGAACUCGAUAACUUCCCAUGGUAUUUUCCCUCACUUUCAUUCAUUCAGAUGACAAGUGCAUGUAUCUUUGAACUGAAAUAUGUUCGUCAUCUCACUUGUGACCACUGGCUAUUAAAAAUGCCAAAAUAAUAUUUUUCUAUUUUCCUCUCGUCUGUACACUUUUUGUAGCCACGGUCACAUAUAUGUACAUGCUUAGUAGUCUGGGUUUUUAAAUUUAAUUUUUAAACUAUUACAAUUCGAUAUUGUUGUGUUAUAAGCAUUAUUCUUAAUGUAGAUUGGCUGUGAACGAAAAGGAAUGGGAAUUUGGUGGUGUUAAUUAAUUAUAGUCUAUAAAUAGAUGCAGGCUGAUUGAAUUAAGUCAUUCAUUGAGAUUAUAUCGCAAGUUUAAUUUUUAAUUUUUGUAAUUUAUUUUAAUUAGUCCUUACAAUCAAGAUCUAAGGUUAUAUAUAAUGUGCUUAUUUCUCUACCUAUUCUCUUUCCUGUGACCAGGAUAGGUAUGUGCUACAACAGCUUGCUCUGAAUGUGCACGUAAAUCCCUUUCACUUCACUUCACUUCUACCUAUUGGCCUUCUGUUAUUGCUUACCAAUGUUUAGGGUAAGGUUGGUUUCAUGUUUUUUUGUUUGUGUUUUUUAAAUAUUUAUUUUAAAACACAAUGGUCUAACUUAAAAUCGAUGCAUAUCAUACAUACACUAUUUUAUCAUUUUAACUUGUAGCAUUUCUUUAAAAAUUUGGUUUCAUUGUACUGAAACAGUGACUAAAAAGUACUAAAGCCUCUAAAAUAGUUUUAUUUAGUCUCUAUGCUAUUUAAAAGGUAAUAUUUAAACUUCUUCCUCAGAAAUAAGUUUAAUUUUUUGCUUCAUUUUGAAAAUGGAGAAUUAAAAAAACAAAACAAAUUAUGUUCAAAAGCAAAACUAUUGUUAUAAAUGUAAAAGCUAGUGUUCACAUUAUGUAAACCGGUUUUGAAACAAUAUCCACAGAUUUAGUUUUAUUGUUUUAUCAUUUGAUUUGUUAUUCUGCAUGAAGCAUUGUCUGUUCAUGUGUAGGCUAACUAGAUCAACUAUUGCAUCAGUCUUUCCAGACUUUUUGUUUCACAUCACACACACAGUCACUCAUGUUUAAGCCAUGUAUAUACCAUAUUCUCAUUCAUAAUACUCGGAUGGAAACCCAUUUCCAAAAAUAUGGAUGCUUGUAGACUGACUAGUGCAUAGAACUUAGCAAUAUUAUCACAUACAUUACAUAGUGGCUUAGACAUGGGUAUCUAUCUAUAUAUAUCACACCCCUGACCAACAACUUAGACAGUGGGUAUCUGUACAUCACACACCUGACAGACAACAUAGACAUUGAGUAUACAGUAUAUAUAUCACACACCUGACAGACAACAUAGAUAUUGAGUAUCUAUAUAUCACACACCUGACAGACAACAUAGACAUUGAGUAUACAGUAUAUAUAUCACACACCUGACAGACAACAUAGAUAUUGAGUAUACAGUAUAUAUAUCACACACCUGACAGACAACAUAGACAUUGGAUAUCUCUAUAUAUCACACUUCUAACAGACAACAUAGACAUUGAGUAUACAGUAUAUAUAUCACAGAUCUGACAGGCAACAGAGAUAUUGAGUAUCUAUAUAUCACACACCUGACAGACAACAUAGACAUUGAGUAUACAGUAUAUAUAUCACACACCUGACAGACAACAGAGACAUUGGAUAUCUCUAUAUAUCACACUUCUAACAGACAACAUAGACAUUGAGUAUCUAUCUAUAUAUCACACACCUGACAGACAAUGAAGACAUUGAAUAUCAAUAUUUAUUACAUCCGUUACAGACAACAUAGACAUAGACUUUAUAUAUGACACUUCUGACAGACAACAUAGACAUUGCUUAUCUCUAUUACAUAAACAUUCAGAGUUCAUGUAUCACAAUCCUGACAGACAACAUAGAUAUUACAUAUCUAUAUAUCACACCCCUUACAGUCAACAUAGACAUUGAAUAUAUCUAUGCAUCACACCUCUGACAGACAACCUAGACAUUGCUUAUCUCUGUUUAUCAUACUCCUGAAAAACAACAUAGACAUGUAUCUUUAUAUUGCACCUCUUACAGACAGCAUAGACAUUGAAUAUCUCUUAUAUCACACUUCUGACAGACAACGUAGACAUUGAGUAUCUCUAUGUAUCACAUUCCUAACAGACAACAUAGACAUUGCUUAUCUAUAUAUCACACGCCUGACAAACAACAAUGACAUUGAUAUUUAUAUAUUACACAGCUGACGGACAGCAUAGACAUGGAGUAUGUAUAUAUCACAUACCCUGAUACACAACAUGGACAUUGAAUAUCUAUAUAUCACACACCCUGAUUGACAACAUGGACAUUGAGUAUAUAUAUAUCACACACUCUGACAGACAACAUGGACAUUGAGCAUCUACAUAUCACAUACCCUGAUAGACAAUAUGGACAUUGAGUAUCUAUAUAUCACACACCCUGAUAGACAACGUGGACAUUGAGAGUAUAUAUAUAUAUAUAUUACACCCCGAUAGACUAGAUAUACCCUUGACUGACAAUAUGGUGUCAUUUUGUUGGGCAGAAAGGAAAUAUUUGUUGUUAGGUUUGAGGCAAGUGAGUAUUUGAAAUUUUUGAUCAUUAACAUUUUGUAGAAGUUUUAUUGUUGUCACACAGCAUUCUCAUAGCAUAUUUCUGCUUCAGAGCUGGAUUAUUUGUUUAUGUAUGCAUAAUAGUUUAUCACUUUUGUACAAUUUGUUUGUUUUUUAAUCUCUCAUCUCUAUUAAUAAUUGUUUAAUGUAUUGCUAUGGUUUCUGUUGGUAACAGUUUAUUAUUCAGUGUUUAGUUGUUAAGUUGUCUGUAUUGUUAUUUAUCAUUCGUUUGAAAAGCUACUGUUUUUUUUGUUUUGUUUUUUUAGUUGUUUAACUACAAGUGUAUUAUCAUUCAUUUAGCUUGCUAAGUUGUUACACAGUUACGUUUUUCUCAAUUAAUAAUUUGUACCUUGCACAGCAAACAUUUUUAUCAGUGUUACCAUGGUAACCACACAGGUCUUUUAUGUAGCACUAUAGCAGUUAAAAUUAUAAAGCAGAUUUUCAAAAUGUAAAGAGCUUAAUUUGGAAAUGAAAAGUAUACACCAUGCACCUUUCUUAGUGGUAGAUUACAAACUGUCUGGGAGAGUGGACUACUUGGGGAGGGAGGGAGGGGGGUUAACUACCUGGGGAUGAUAAUACUUGGGAGUUCAUUCUACAUGGGCUUCUCUUUCCAGUUAGCAGUUUUAUAACUGUAUUUUAUUACUACUUUUAUGUGAAAGAAAGAUUUUCUCACAAAAAAGUAAAUAUAUUUUUUUUUGCCAUAUAAAAGUAUGAAUUUUCCUACAUGGAAUGUGAUUUUUAAUUUUUUUUUUUUUUUUUUUUUCAAAAUUGAAACUGAUCUCAGAGGGUUUAGUCUUAAAUAAAACCUUUAUGAUUUUUUAACAAAUGUCUGGCAAGUAUAAUGUAAGAAUAUUUUUUGAGCUUCAUAAUAUGUGAAUAUGUAAAUAUUUCCUUUUGAGCACGAAGGUUGCCAUGGUAAUGUCUCUAGUUUCAUUCGGUUGUAUUGAUUUUUAAUGCCAAAACACAUUUGAUUUCUUAUUGGCCUGCUGAUAUUUAGUUUUUUAGGCAAAGUAAAAGUGAAAUGCUUAAACUCAGGGAAUUUUUUUUUUUUUUAAUCAGUAUUUUCACUGGAUUUUUGUUUUCUUUUGUCAAUCCAAGUUAUGCAUGACCGAAACAGCUUGAUCAAUUAUUGUUAUUGUAAAUUCAUUUAUCUGCAAUAAACUUGUAGUAUUACAUUUUGCUAAAAUCUCGAAAAACUGAAUGUCUUAGAAGAGGCUCCAUAUUUUCUCAUGUUUACGGAAUAGCACAUUUAUUUAGUCCCUGCUCAGCAUGAUAUGAAGUAAAAAUAAAUAAAUGCAGACAUUAAUAGAUGUAUUUACAAGUUAAUAAUCACCAUGUGUUAUAGUAUACCCAUUGGAAGAAUAAAAUAAUGCGGUGAUUUUAGCUUUAAAUUUUCUAGGACAUAGUUGGGGGAGGGACAUACGUGUGUAAGUACAUGUAGCCUGGAUACUACUCUGGCAUUUGGGGGAGUGGCUGCAGUGAUGGAUCCAAGUUUGUAUGCAGGGGAGGGUUUAUAUCCAACUACUUAAUUGGAAGUUAUAUAUUAGCUAUGAAUUCACUUUAAAAUUAAGUGGCCCCCCCCCCCCCCAUUUCCCCCCUGGUGAAUGGGGUGGGGUCCAGACACCUUCGACCACCCUCUGAAUCCACACCUGGGUUAAUUAAUAUAUCUUUGAGGACACACACCUCUGACUAUAAGGGAUUUUUCUUCUUUUUUUUUCAGUCUAAAAAGAGACACAAUUUAAUUUUAGUUUUAAAAUUGUCAUGCAUGCUGGUAUUGGUACAACAUUCGUUGAAAUAAUUAAUUGAAUCAAAUGCAGACUCUCACAUCAAACAUGCAGGUAUAGUGGCACGCCAUGCUUUAUUCCACUUGUUAGCAAGUGUAACUGUUGUUGAACCACUCUAGAUUACUUACAGCCAGAGUGUUUCCAACAUGUGAAUGAAGCAUGCGACUGUCUUGCAGUUAAAUACAGCAAUUAGAAUAUACAUGUACUCACAAACCACCCCUUAUCAAUUUAACCAGUACUGACGUCUUUAGCGUUAGUCCGACGCCAUAUAACUGUAAUUAAAAUGUGUUGAGUUCAUCGUUAAAUAAAACAUUCCUUUUUUCUUUUUUCUUUCUUGCACUUUUUUUCUUUCUAGGACAGACAACAGACAAAUAGUUAUUUACACACAUAUGACAUUUUGAUAUCUGAAAUUGGUGGUUAAUUGCAUUCAGGGAGUCUGUAUUAUGUUCAGGGAGUCUUAUGUUUAAUUACAUUCAAGAAGUUAGAGGUUAAUUAUAUUCAGGGAGUAUAGUGUUUAAUUACAUUCAAGGAGUUAGUUCAAGGAAUUGGUGGUUAACUAUAUUGAUAUUCAGUGUUUUAAAUUCCAUUCAGGGAGCCGGUAUUUAAUUACAAUCAGGGAAUAAUAUAUUUAAAAAAUAUACUGGUAGUAAUCAUGUGUGUGUGUGCUUGUAUAUUUUGAAGAUGAUAUUUCAAAAACACGAUUAUAAAGUUAUUGUAUUCCAUAUUUGACAAAGAAUGCUCCUUUGCUGGUGAUUUUGCCUUCUACAAAGGGAAGUAAUUCUUGAAGAGAUAUUUUAUGUCAGGCUUAUCUGUACACUUUUUCUCUUUCUUUAAAACUAAUAAUAGGUGUAAUUUUGACUUUGACAUAUUGUCAUUUACUCAUUGAGUAACCCUGCUUGUUAUUGGUGUUAUUAUAAUGCAGUCAACUACUUCCUACCCAAUUCUGUUUUAAUCAAGGGAAGUAUAAUGCAAAUAGUCAAUAUGACAGGUGCCUUGCUAGAAGUGUGCUUUCCUGAAAGAGAAGAUAACUCAUGUUGUUUGGUCAUUCUUUCUACCUAGGGAAAUGGCAAUGCAGUAAGGGGCUGAUCACCUUUAUCAACAUUUACACAGGUGUAAAGAGAAUAUUCCUUAUUGUUACCCGGCCUCUACCUCGUCCUAAAAGUGUACAUAAAAAUUGUAGAUUUUUUGUUUUGUUUCGCCUUCACGAAGUAAAAAAGCAAGAUAGAGGUAUUACUUUGCGACUGGUGGCAGUGGUGGCAACAACAGCAUAACUUUUGCCAAGUUUUGCAUCAGAUCAGUUUCUCAGAAACUAUUUAAGUCCUAGGGCAAUGAAACUUGGUUUAUAGUUGCACCUAUGGAUGUUCAUCAUAGUGUAUUGAAAACGUUUAUGGUAGGCGAGAGGCAUUUAAUUCCGCAGAAUUUAUGUUUUAAAGGUUGGGGUUGUUCUUUUUUCAGUUUAAAAGUGUAUGUUGGCAAUAAUGCCCAUGUCCUCCACCCCAACAAGUGAAAAUGUUGACAACUGUGAACAACCUUUUACUGGCUUGCUCCUUGCAUUAAUAGCUUGUGAAUUCAGGGAUUCAUGCAAAUUCAUGCAAAUACCAUUACUGUGUUUCAUGUUGCCAUCAGUAGAACAGCUUUAAAUAGUAUCUGUCAAACACAUCUAAAUCAACUUCUUUCCAACCAAUAUCUAUCUACCAUUUUCAGGGCUAGAUAAGGGUCAAUAGAAAACUUCACUAAACUAUCUAUUAAAGGUCAAAGGUAGAACCCCCUACCCCUACCCCUACCCUUACCCCUAUCCCUAUCCCUCUCCCUCUCCCCCUCCCUCUCCCCAUUACUUUCCAACAAAGUGUUAAUUAUUACAUCAAAUAAAAUGUCUCAUGUUUUUAAAAUUUGCAACUGGAGAGUGACAGAGGUAGUCCUGAAGUUUUAAACAGCAAGAAAAAAUAUAUGGAGUAUUUUUCUGAAGUAGAUAUGUAUGUAUGAUAUUAAAAAAACAUUGUUAUACAUUUUUAGGUUUUUUUGUUUUAAUGAUGUGCCUUUUGGAGAGUGGAACAUUAAUAUGACUAUCUCCAAUGUUAUUUGUCACGGCAGCAGUUUUAGGACAGUGCUUCUUCUUGUUAUGUCUCGAACAUGAGCUGUGAACGGUUUUAUUCGUGUUCAAGAACUUGUUACUCAAUGUAGACUGUAUCAUCUCGUCCAUUUUGUGUGCAAAACAAAAUUGACUUCUUUUAAAAAAAAUAUUUGUGAAAAGGAAUAUGAAAAUUAAUUAAUUAAUGUCAGUAUUGUUUGAGUUGUAUAAAAUUUGCAGAUCGUUAUUGUGAAAUGACCUGUUUUUUGUUGAACUGUGAAUUAAAUGGCAUUGUAUAUCAUACUGGAGUUAUUGUGGCUGUGUUUCAACAAUUUUAAUUUCAGUGAAAACAGAAAUGUAUUGAGUCUAAUUGAUUGAUAUUUUUUAAAUGAAGGGUUAAGUUAUUUUAAAAUUGUUUUAACUUAAAAUGCAUUGAUCUUAUACCAUUUUCAUUUAUAUCAGUUUCAAGGUUCACAUUUACUGUAUUUUUAAAACAUACUUGAAAUUUUUUAUUGGUUUAAACUAAUUAAUCUGUGUGCUCUAGUGGUAUCAUUAAACAAAACAAACUUUAACUUUAAUACAAAGCGUAAAAUUAUCCUCUAGUUCUCUUUGACAUAACAAUUCUGUCUUGAAAAUAACUUAACUCUUAAAAAUUUAUAAUCCGUAAGUUAAGUCUGGCUGUUUUUGAAAAGGAUUUUCAAGCAAAAUUAUUGAUUAACGAGCACAUACAAAUACACACUAUCUAUUUUAACUAUUUAUACCCUUUGGGAGUUUUUGUUGGCAUGAAGUAUAAACAAAAUCAUCUUUGAAAAAAACAGCGGACUGUCUAAACCGGAUUAAAAGGGGCCUGACAAUGUGCUAGUUUACACAAAUUUCAGCCAUAUCAUUGCCAUUGAACAGAACUCUAGAUCAUACUAAUUUUUACAUAAAUCUGGAUUACAUAAAAAGCUGGUUUAGACAGAAAUCUGGUUUAGACCAAUCUGGUUUAGACAGAAAUCUGGUUUAGACAUAUCUGGUUUAGACAGAUAUCUGGUUGAGACAAAUAUCUGGUUUAGUCAGAUAUAUGGUUUAGACAGAUAUCUGGUUUAGACAGAUAUCUGGUUGAGACAAAUAUCUGGUUUAGUCAGAUAUAUUGUUUAGACAUAUCUGGUUUAGACAGAAAUCCGGUUUAGACAGAACUCGAGAUUACACAAGUGUUUGGACAGUUUAUUAUGUGUUUAACUCCUAUGUGCAGAUGUAUUUUGUGUUGAUGAUUUGACAACACUAAUUUGGUUAUGUGAAUGAUAUCGGCCGGCUCAAGGUAUAUACUGGUAUAGUUUUAAUAUAUUAAACAAUGUGAACUUAGAAUUACUGUAGUUUGUAGUUGAUAUAUGUAUUUUUAUGACAGUAUGCCUCUGUUGUUAGAGCAACCUUAAAACAAACAGGUUUGUUGUGCCUGAUUGAUUCAUUCAAAUCACCCUGUUGCAUUUUUUACCCAUUUUCAAUCAAUUUUUAAAACUUUUUUUCUUCUCUUGAAAUAAACUUUGAAAAAUAAUCAUUAAAAUGUUUAAAGGUUGGAUUGCUGGAAACAGUUGUGUUAAAUAGCUUGGUAUCUAUGGUAGUUUUAAAACAUUGUUUUUUGGUUUGGUUUUGUUAUUGAGAAGUAAACAGUUGUUAUUAA